AUGUCAGUCAGCGCAGAGGAGGUUGCCAAGCACAACACCGACAAGGACUGCUGGGUCAUUGUGGGUGACCAGGUGCUUGACGUCACCAACUUCCUGAGUGAGCACCCUGGCGGGAAGAAGUCCAUCAUGAUGUUUGCUGGCAAGGACGCCACUGAGGAGUUCGACAUGCUUCAUGACCGCAAGGUCAUUAAGAAAUACGGGAUCGACGAGGGAACUGUGGAGCUGAAGGGCACUAUCAAGAACAUGUCAGUCAGCGCAGAGGAGGUUGCCAAGCACAACACCGACAAGGACUGCUGGGUCAUUGUGGGUGACCAGGUGCUUGACGUCACCAACUUCCUGAGUGAGCACCCUGGCGGGAAGAAGUCCAUCAUGAUGUUUGCUGGCAAGGACGCCACUGAGGAGUUCGACAUGCUUCAUGACCGCAAGGUCAUUAAGAAAUACGGGAUCGACGAGGGAACUGUGGAGCUGAAGGUCAGCGCAGAGGAGGUUGCCAAGCACAACACCGACAAGGACUGCUGGGUCAUUGUGGGUGACCAGGUGCUUGACGUCACCAACUUCCUGAGUGAGCACCCUGGCGGGAAGAAGUCCAUCAUGAUGUUUGCUGGCAAGGACGCCACUGAGGAGUUCGACAUGCUUCAUGACCGCAAGGUCAUUAAGAAAUACGGGAUCGACGAGGGAACUGUGGAGCUGAAGGGCACUAUCAAGAAGUGA